AUGUUGAGAGUGACAAGGCUUAGGAGAGCCGUCUCCUCCCAAGAGUUCAAGCAAUUCAUCCAGACUAAGGAGGCCCCGAAACAGGGAGCAGCUUACUUCAAUGAGGACUUGCUUCCAACCCCACCUGAACACCGCAAGUGGACAGCUUUGCACUUUUUCACCUAUUACUUAACUCAAACAUUUUCACCAAGCUCGUACAACCUCGGAGCAACCCUGAUAUCGAUUGGUCUCCAAUGGUGGCACGGCAUGCUUGCCGCCGUGAUAGGGUCUGCUAUUCUCAGUGUUGUUGUUAUUCUCAACUCGCGCGGCGCAACUCAGUAUCAUGUGGGCUUCCCGGUCUACAUUCGCGCUGCCGCAGGUGUGAGUGGCGCAAAGCUAUUUAUCAUUAUCCGCGCAUCCGUUGCGGUCAUUUACUUCGCAACUCAGUCAUUCUAUGGAGGCAUGCUCACUUCAGUGGCACUGCGCGCCAUUUUUGGGCCCAGCUGGGAAAACAUCCCGAACCGCCUCCCAGCCAGUGCCGGGAUCUCUUCCAAGAACCUGAUUGCCUUCUUCAUCUUUUGGCUUAUUCAGUUCCCAGUGAUGUUCAUUCAUCCAACCAUUUUGAGACACCUCUUCGUCGUCAAAUCCAUCGCAACGACAGCAGGCUUGUUCGGAGUCCUCGGAUGGGCUAUCCAGAUGAACGGAGGAAGCUUGGGAAAUUUCAACUUCGGUGGCAAAGCCUUGAGUGGCACCGCUUUGGUAUGGCCAAUGAUUCAAGCCAUCAACAGUGUCAUGGCUGCGCUGUGUCCAAUCUUGGUAAACCAGCCCGACGUCGCUCGGUACGCCACACGGCCCUCGCAAGCGACUUGGUCGCAGGCGAUAGGGAUAUUGGUCAGCAAAGUACUCGUUAUGUUUCUGAGCUGCGCAACAACAAGUGCGGCGUCCGGCGUUCUUGGAAAGAGCUAUUGGAAUGUCUGGGACUUGUACAAUGCCAUAUUGACAGAGUACUGGGGUCCUGGAGCCCGCGCUGGAAUGUUCUUUGCUUCAGCUGGAAUGAUUCUUGCUAUUAUUGCAACCAACGCAGGUUCAAACUCGUUACCAGUUGGCGCCGACGUCACUGGUCUCUGGCCUAGGUACAUCAACAUCGUCAGAGGCCAGGUUAUUUGCGCACUUCUUGCGCCGCUAUGUGUGCCAUGGAAGAUAAUCUCCAGCGCAAGCUCUUUCCUCACAUUCUUGGGGUCAUACACCGUCUUCCUCAUGCCUACUUGUGGGAUCAUGAUUGUGGACUACUGGGUCCUGCGACGAGGCAACUUACAUGUUCCAAGCCUUUACACCAAGAACGAAAGCUCUCCGUACACAUACUAUAAGGGAUGGAAUUUACGAGCUAUUAUGGCAUGGCUCUCUGGUGUCAUCUUUACCGUACACGGUAUUGCUGGGAACCUAGACCCGGACUCUGUCAACCAAGCGAGUAAGAACAUGUACAAGCUUGGGUUUCUGCUCUCGCUUUUUAUGGGCUCUUUGGUUUACUAUACGGCGUGUCUUAUAUGGCCAGUACAAAUCCAUCCGACAGGACUAGACUCAGAGAUUUCGAUGGGAUUCGAGAGCAUGGCGGCAUCGGAAGGGUUCCUUCCGGGAGAAGGUAUCGAAACAAUCCGCGGAGUCUUCUCAGUUACUGAUGCUACCGGUGUUGAUGAAUGUGCUGAGAAAAGUUCUGGUACAGGGUCUAUGGGCAAGGGGCAUGUUCUUUGA